AUGGCAUUCAAGUUCAUCGCACUCUUCGCUCUGAUCGCCGCCGCCAGCGCCGGUCUCCUGCCCGCCGCACAGGUCUACCAUGCUGCGCCCGCUGUGGCCCACUACGCCGCACCCGCUGCCGUUGUCAAGACAAUUGCGCCCGUUGCCCAGCACGUGAUUACCAAGGCGGCCGAGGAAUACGAUCCACAUCCUCAGUACAAGUACGCCUACGAUGUGCAGGACUCCCUCUCCGGUGACUCCAAGAGCCAGGUGGAGGAGCGCGAUGGUGAUGUGGUCCGUGGCGAAUACUCGCUGGUGGAUGCCGAUGGCUACAAGCGCACCGUCCAGUACACCGCCGAUCCCAUUAACGGCUUCAACGCUGUGGUCAACCGUGAACCCCUCGUCAAGGCCGUUGCCGCUGCCCCCGUUGCCCACUAUGCUGCCCCCACUGUGGCUCACUAUGCUGCUCCAGCUGUGGUGAAGACAGUGGCUCCAGUUGCCCACUACGCUGCCGCGCCCGCUGCCCACUAUGCCACAUAUGCCGCCCCAUCUGUUGUGAAGACCGUCGCCCCGGCUUACUCGACCUAUGCCGCCCCAGCCGUCCAUGUGGCUCAUCAUUACUAA